GCUCGCGUCUAUUACGUGGUGUGUUUAUAGUGAAGUGGAUUUUGUGAUGAGAUUAUCGAAUGUCGUGAAGUGAAAGAUAGUGUUGUUUUUAUGACGAAGUGUAACUUAAGUGUCCAAAACAAUGGUAAUGUUAAAAUUCAAGUGAUUGUUCAAAAUGUGCGAAGCACCGUUUUGUGCAAAAUUGAUUUUUGCCACGUAGUGACGCAAACGGGUAAUGAUUCCUAAUGUGGAGUUUGAAGCAAGAUGGUUAGAGAGACUCGGCAUCUGUGGGUUGGAAACUUACCCGAUAACAUUCGUGAAGACCGAAUAAGGGAGCACUUCAAACGCUAUGGCCGAGUCCAGAAUGUCAAGUUGCUGGGUAGAACGGAAAGUGCAAGCGCAGUUACUAGUACUAGUGGCUCAAGUGGGGUUUGCGCUACAGUUGCUUUCAUGGACAUCAAGUCAGCAUCGAAGGCACACAACGCUGAGCAUGUGCUUGAUGAACGUACCCUUACCACCGAAUACUAUGAACCGGCAGCGAUACCGACGGUGGCGGGUGCACCGUCCGCUGGCUCGUCGCCCGCUGGUUCUGGUUACUCAGGGUCUUCGUCCUCCGUGAAUUCAACACCAGCUCCCGCUUCGGUUUCCCGUUACCAUCUAUCUGGCGGUGAGGAAAGUACAGGCAACACGUGUCCAAUCGCUGCGACGGCGGCGGCUCCUGCCAACUGGCGAGGUACCAACGACAGCGCUUCUGACUACUGUCGGCGGGGAAACACGCCCGCAGCAUACGGCAGGUACCAGAGAAACAACAACUCUAACCCGCCGUAUGCGACACCACCACCUUCCAACGUAGAUAGAUCAACUCCUCAUCAUCGAUGGUACACGAGUGGUGACCGGGCCGGAAGUGGUACUGGAGGCGCGGGGGGCGCGACGGGUGGUGAAAGCACGCCAAGCACUCCGGGUGGCGGCACGGAGGGCGGUCGGCGGCGGCGCCAUUCGGGCUCGGGCUCGUCGCGCUCCGAAUCCUCCUCGCCCGAGCCCAGUGACACAUCUCGCGCUUCCACUCCUGCCGCGCCGCCUCCAUUAUCUCAUCACCCUAACCACCGCACGACCCCCGCACUACAAUAUCAGUGGGCAUCAACAGCGAGUGGUAGACCUCUCGCAAUUUGCGUACGAAAUCUACCUACACGAUCUACUGAUACUUCGUUGAAAGAUGGUCUUUACCACGAAUAUAAAAAGCACGGGAAAGUGAUUUGGGUAAAAGUGGUCGGCCAGAAUGCCGAUCGGUAUGCAGUUGUACGUUUUAAGAAGCCGUCCGAUGUAGAAAAAGCACUCGAAGUUUCUCAAGAUAAACUUUUUUUUGGAUGCAAGAUCUCAGUUGCGCCCCACCAAAGUUGCGAUGAAGAUGCCGAUUCGGCUAAACCUUACGAGACUGAUAUUGAUGAGUAUCAUCCAAAGGCGACAAGAACUUUAUUUAUCGGUAAUUUGGAGAAGGAAGUAACGCAACAGCAGCUGAGAGAUAAAUUUAAGCAUUUUGGCCGAAUAAUAGAGAUCGAUAUUAAAAAAGGCAGUGGAGGGGGAGCUGGUUACGCGUUCUGCCAAUACGCAUCGAUAUCUAGCGUGGUGGAAGCUAUCCGUUCAAUGGACGGGGAAUAUGUCGGCGGUUCACGAGUGAAAUUAGGUUUUGGAAAGCCCGUGGCCACCACUUGCGUCUGGGUAGAUGGCCUCACAGAACACACUGAGAAACAGGUGCUGGGCGCCGUGACGCGAUGCGGCGCGGCGACGUCGGUGUGCGUGGACCGCGCGGCGGGCGCGGCGCUGGUGCACUUCGAGCAGGCCACCACGGCCGGCAACGCCGUGCGCGAGCUGCGCCGCGUCGCCGCGCAGGCCUCCGCCGCCGAGCCCGACCAUCCGCGACUCUGCGUCGAUUACGCGUCGCGCGAGUGCCAGGAGGCGUUUUAUGAGCAGCUAGAAAAACAUGGCGGUCCGUCUGCUGUCGCUGGUGCCGAAAGACUGUCUGGUGAUCUCGCCUCGCGAUAUUUACCCAGUACGCGACAUGAUCCGCUUCGUUAUGAUAAUUGCGGCUCAAGAUCACGAGCUUCCAGUUAUGGCCGAGCAUCAUCGCGAACACCCCGUUUUACAACGAUUGAUCAUUACGAUCCAACUGAUUAUGCUGCGGAUCGACGUUACAGGGUAUACGAAGAAUUAGGCUCGAGUCCGCAGACGGAAGACGCACCUUAUGAUGACAGAUUACAGUCUGUCGUGGUGUCACCGCACCGCGCGCGGCACCGCCGUCGCGACUCUAGCACGGAAGAUCGAAAACAUUCAAAGGAGCGGCAUCGGAGCAUCGGCGCAAGCGGUGGCAGUUCCAUAGUGGCAGGACAGUGCAGUGCACGGCGGUCGCGGUCCGGAUCCCGCGGAGGGGAACGGCACGUCGGCCGGCGGCGGCACCGGCGGCGGCGGGACGGUUCCGGCUCCCGCGCCGGAACUCCGUUACGGGACGAGCCGGACGCGCUGCCUUGCGAGCCGCGUCGCCCGCGGGAACGCCCGCCGCUGCCUAUGAUUCUGCCUCUGCCCAAGUUUGCUGCGCAGCUGUUACGAGCUGCACCCUCGGCGCCACGGCCGACACCGACGCCUGCUCCGGCGCCGGAUUCUCCACCGCGCCCACCUUCUGCGUCUUCUUCGAGCGCGGGCUCAGCCCCACAUUCGCCUUCUUUGGAGGAGCGUAUUCGGAGUCUCGACGAGAAGUACGAGAGAUGGAGUGGUUCACGUGCUAUCGCAGAUGCACCAGAUCGAUCCCGUCUCCGACACCGUUUGCUCGAUGUCGAUAUCAACGAAGUAAAACCAUCGGAAGUGGUGCGAUCGCUACUCGCGAAACGUUCCGUGUUCGAUGAGGACUCUGAGCGGCUGGAAGGAGCGGCGCGGGCGCCGAGUCCGGCUAGCAGCCCUCGCCGGUCAGCUCCGUGCACCCCUCGCGCACUUCGCUAUCCGUUCCCGGUGCACCCGACGCACCCACCACAGCCGCUUACACCUACGUCGACACCUACUACUCCAACACUGCCGUCCUUGUUACAUGCACAUCAUCUCGAUGUUGACGUCGAUACCACAGAUCGGCCGGCGGAUCCGCGACUUAAUCGCCAUGAAAGGCACUUCCAGUUAGACAGAUUAUCUAAAUUUAGUGAGAGUGACUAUAGACUUGAGUCGAGGAUUCGACCGAGGACACCCUCGACGGAUCGAUCGCAGCCCGACUCGAGUGAAAGGAAGUCACCCCGAAUAGACGGAGAUCUCAAUAGUGAUCCAAGAGGUAUCAUAAACCGUAGGCGCCGGGAUUCUCUUUUUGGUGAAAGUAAGACCAGCACGGAUAUCGGCGACGAAAAGGAUAUUUGUUACAGUUCUGACGGAAUUGAUCAAGAAUACCAAAACAGACAAAAGAAUACCCUUGUAUCUCAUAGACGCUUAUCAGAUAAAACCGUGGAGUGUAAUAACGAUAAAUUGACUUCUGUAAUAUCAUCUAGAACUGAACUAUUCGAACAGAAUGAAAAACGGACUGAUAGUAUUUCACUCGGCAACCAAUGUGAUAUCGAUCGAGACAUAGCAGAUAUAUUAUUGAAUGAAGGUACUGAUGAACAAGAUACUGUUAAAGGAGAUAUAUCUGAAGAGAGACAAUUAAAAACUACAAAUGAUAAUGGCAUAAAAACUGAUUUACACAUUCAAAAAGAAAUUAAAGCACAUUUAGAUAGAGGAAAAAAGUGUAACGAUUCUGGUAGCCAAAUGAAACACGAAAAUGAUAAUUGCAAAGAAAAAUUUACCCCAAACCAUAUUAAAGAAUUAAUUGAAAUAGAGUCGCAACAAAAUCAUUUAACCUCUACUAAUUUAGCUAAAGUAAAUAAAGAGGUUUCCGAAUUAAUCAGUCAAGAAUUUAUGAAAGGUAGUGACAAAAAUGGAAAAGAGAGAUUUAGUCAAAAUAUAGCCUACCAAAUUACCAAAUUUGAAAAAGAGAAUAUUGAAUUCGAGAAAUGUAUUGAUAAAGAUAAAUAUACCUCUAACACACAAUUUUUCUCAGAAAAAAAGACUACUGAGAGCGACAAAGAAGAUCGGACUAGACAUGAUCGUGACAAAGUACGGCACGGCAGAGAUCGCGUAGAAAAAGAUAGACAUGAUUACGAACGAGAGAAAUUAAAAAACAAUAAACAUGAUAAAAGUUUGGAUAGAAGUGAUAAAGAGAAAAGGAACAAAGAAGACAUUAUAGCGGAUAAACAUCAUCAUAGCGAAAAAAAUAAAAUAGACAGAGAUGUAGAUAAAUCGCACAAAGAUAAAAUUGAUCGUGAUUCUGAGAAAAUAUGUAAAGAUAAAAGUGAUCGUGAAUCUGAAAAAACUAAACACACAGAAGAUAAGUCGAGACAUGAGCAUCAUAGAAAAGAUAAAAGAAAGGACAGUGUCGAAUUAGAUUUUAAAACAAAGAAAGAAGAGAAACAUAAACAUGAAAAAUCUAAGAAAGAUAAUGGUGAUAAUAAACGAGAUAAUAAAAAAGAAUCUGAUUGUACUAAAAUACGAAAGUCGUCCCGAGAUGAAAUCUCUCGAGAUUUAUGUCGCAAAGACUCCACUGAUUCAUCAACAUCACGUGCUUCUCAUGAUUCAACUAAACUCAAAGAUUUUGAACAGAAUGAAGUUAAAGAAGAAAUUAAAUUGAAAGUUAGGCAUUACAAUGACUUAUUUUGUAAACAAGAAGAUAAAGAUUCAAUGCUUAUGAAGUCUAUCGAUACUGUUAAAUUGGAGCCUGUAGUGAAAAUUAAAAUGGAAAUAAAAGAAGAAAAAGAUCAAUUGGAAACAUAUUCUAAAGUAAAAAAUAAUAUUUUUGAUCACACAGGCAAGUUCAAAGGAGAUACAAUUGAAAAACCGAGACAUUAUUCUGUGGAUUCGCCAAGUCUUGAUUCCAAACGCAAAGAACGGUUGAACUCUUGUUCUAGUCUCCCUUCCAAUAUUGGUCACAAGAGAAGAAUGUCAUCACAAGACAGUUUAGAGUCCUUUAAUGAAGAUUUUAAAAAAUCAAGACAUGAUCAAAAAAAUGAAAGGAGAGAUUCUAAAGAUUCAAAAAGUUCUGACAAACACAAAACUGCUAAGUUUAAUAGAGGUCAUUAUGCUAAAAUAAUAGAAAGUAAGACAAAAGAUGAUAAAAAGAAUCAAGUAAAACCACCAGAUGAUACAUAUGAAGUGAAAGAUGACCUGAAAGAACUGAAAUUUUCUGGAGAGAGAAUUAAACUUAAAAAGAGCCCAAAAACAGAUGUUGAAGAUAAAACAAACAGUGAUGGAGUAACUGAAGGUUUACACAAUGAUUUAGACUUCUUAGCUACUUUAGAGCUUAGAUCAAGCGAGGAAGAUGAAAAGCAAAAAGCCUUAAGAAAAGAAAUGAAAGAAAAGAAACGCAUUCAGCAGUUACAGCAGAUCCAGGAACUUCAGCUACAACAAGGCGCUUUGAUUCAAGCGGACCUUUUGAAUAAAUUAAAAGAAGAGAAAAAGCAAAAACCCGACGACAAGAAAAAGGAAGCAGCUCGCGAAAAGCGAAUGUCAACAGACCGCAAAAGUAGAGAAGACAAAAACGAUAGCAAUAAACGAAAAAGUCGAAAACAGUUACAAAGCACCGACAGCUCUGAUUCGGAUGAACCUAAGAAACACUCCAUAUUUGAUAUAAUUGACGACGGUCCUACUUAUAUAUCAAUGUACGACAAAGUUAAGGCUCGUUCUUGUAAAAAUAUGCAGAAGCAAGAAGCAGAAAAACGUCAAGAAAAAAUUAAAGCUAAGUUUAGUCAGUUAAAACAAAGUAGAGCUAAACGCGAGGAAAAGAAAAGGUCAAGUUGGGAUGAAGAUAGUGAUUCUGACCAUGAUAGGAAGAAAAAUCUAAAAUUAUCUAUGGAUAGUUCUACUGAUGACGAAAACAUCAUACAUAACAAAAAACGUGAUAAACUAGUAGAUUGUAACAUUGAUUAUGAUCAUGACAAACAUAAUGAAUAUUUCAACAUGCCAAGUAAUGAAGAAUCUCGUAACAAACUAUCUCGUAAAAAUUCUCGAUCGCGUAUAAUGUCUGAUACAUCUGAUGAUGAAACAUCAAAAAGAAGUUUGAGUAAAAGUCCUAAUUAUAUUGUCGCCAUCAAAAAAGAGAUAAUAUCAGACUCAGAGAUUUUACAGAGAUCAAAAGACGAAUCAAUUCUUAGUAAAGAAUGUGAUGAUAAAAUAAAGAGAAAUUCAUUAUUAAAUCUGUUUGGUAAAAGCGAUAGCGAUGAUAGUAAAUUAAAAUCUAGUAUAGAAAUAGACACUGAGUAUAAACCUAGUUUCAUGAAGACAAAUCCUAAUGAUUUUUCUUCAGAAAGUGAAUCUAUAAUGUCGAAUAGAAAUUCAGAAGUUCGUAAAAAGCACAAGCGUAAACAAAAGAAGCACAAAGUUCUAUCGGAUGAUGAUAAUAAAAUUGAAAAUAACGAUGGAGAAAGUGACGUCAGGCAUAAAAGUCGACGACAUAGUAACAAAAAGGAGAAACGAAAAGAUAAGAUUCGCGAAAGUAUUGAUACAGAUGAAACUCGCGAUGAUAAAAAUAAACUGAGAAAGGAAAAGAAACACAUUAAUAAUAGCUUUGAAUAUAACACAGAAUGUAUUUCUAAAAAAGAAGGGAAAAUGGAAGACAUAUUUGGACCUCUAUCAGACGAGUCGGAUAAGGAUACUAGAGCACCAUUGACUAAUAAACUUGAUUUUUCAUCACAUGAUUAUGAGUCCGAGUAUAGUGUUUCUAACAGUCAAAUAACGGUAACAAAUAUUGAUGACAAUAAAUUCAAAGAUCGAGAUGAAAUCAAACGCAAAAAGGAGAAAAGACGUAAGGAAAAGCGACACUACGUUAAAGAAGAUGACAAUAGCCUAGAUGUUGAUGCUGUCAGUAAAGCUAUUGAAGCCCGGCUUUUCGCUGAUAAUAUUGGCGAUGAAGAUAACCGCUCAAAUUUGGAGGCACUCUCUGAGCGCUUAAAGAAAACUGAUACCAAUGAAAUAAAGUAUAAGACCAAUGAAAAUGUAAGAUUAGGAGAUAAAUAUGAGAAGAUGAAAAGAGAUUGUAGAGAAAAAAAGAAGAAGAAAAAGAAAAAUAAAGAUGAAAGACAAAAUCGUAAAGAACAUCAUAAUUAUCAUUAUCACGAUAAAGCACACAAUAUAUCUGAGUUAGUAUUCGAAACCACUACAUUUUUAGAGCUACCAUCUAAAACAUCGUUAUUAGAUAUACCCCUACCAAACGAAACUGAGGCCAAUAUUGAUAAGUCAGAUGACCGUAGAACUCUUUCUGAAUCUCCAAGCUUACCAAGAUUGACAGAAAGUCCACCUGUUUCAGACAAACAAAAAAAAGAAAACACGGAUAGUAAAGAUAUCAGUGGAUAUUCAGGAGAGAUUUCAGUUAACAUAAAUAUUGAAAAUAGUGUUAUUCAUGAAAAAGUAAUUGAAGUCGAUGAUAUUCCAAUGCCGGCACCAAUUGAAAAUUUUAUAAAGGAUAUAAGUGAAGUACCAUUACCUAACGAUCCUGCUCCUGUUACCAUGGAUCAAAGUAAAAGAGAAAAAUUUAUACCAUUUGGUGGUGAUAUUAAUACAGAUAUUAAUAGCGAAAAUGCCGUCCGUAGUAUACCUAAUGUCACAGAUCAUGAGCAACAAGCAGAUAAAAUAGAUACUCAUACUUGUAAAAUAGAUAAAAAAUCUGAAGAGAAACCUAGGGCUAUUAUUUCUCAAGAAGAAACGGAAGAUGCAGUCGCUGCACUUUUGGGGGAAAGCUUUGGAGGAAAGGUAAAUACAUUUUCCGAUUAUGAACAAGUUGAAAAUGAUACGUCUCAUCAAACGGAGAUUGAAAGUCCAUCAGUAGAGAACGAAAACAUACCCGAGGAGGACGCCGAGGAAAUGAGACAAGCGGUUCAAAAUUUAAACGCUAGUGAAAUGGAAAUAAAACCAGAUACACCUGUAUCUGAUAACGAUCUUCUGUUAAUUGAUACUGAUACGGAAGAAGUAGACGAAACUCCUCAAGAUGCAAUAGAAAAAUUGCCUGUAAAUAUUAUCACUACUAAUCAAACCUUAAACGCUUGCGCAGAUCAACGUAAAUCUACGGAAAUGUCAAAUAUAGUUAUUGCGAAACCCAAAACUACUUUAGUACAAGUUUUGAAUCCUGAAACUAAUGAUCCUGAUGUUAAAGUAAGUGAAACUGAAAUUAAAUUUCAUUUAGCUAAACGUGAAACUGUCCAACAAAUUACUUCAACAUCAACACCUGUUAUAACUUCAUUGGGAUUAAGAAAUAAAUUACUGGAACCUCACGUAUUAAAUAUUCAAACAAAUCAAUUGUCAAACAGGGACAAAAAUGAAAACAAACCAACUCAUAUCACUGCAAACAUAGUUCAAAUUAAAGGCCAAAAUCAAAACGUACCAAUGAACAACACUCUUCGACCUAUUAUUGCACCUAACAGAGUAGGAGCUCCAUAUCAAGUUAUUAAUCAAAUUAUUCGCCCCACUGCGCCUAUUCAACCACCUACUAUUAAGAUACCGGAACCUCAUAUUUUAUACCAGAAACCUUCAGGCUUUGUUAUAUCGCCGAGAACUACUGGUGAUCCUAGACUGCAGAGCCCUAAAGCACAAAACGAGGGAGUGACUUCACCAAGAUUAUCAAACGUGACUAUUCACACUUCUCCCCAAAAUGUUAAUUCUGUUGGAAUGCCAACGACUCCCAAUGCGUUACAGCAAAGAUCUCCAGGUCAAGUAACUGUUGUGCGAAUGCAACAGCCUCCAUUAAGUCCUAUUCAAACAAUGCAUAUACCACAUGGUGGAAGAACUAUGGUGUCUCCUAAUAGACCGAAUUCUGUAUUGGUACAAACGCAAGGGGCUCCAUUACAUUUUAACCGAUUACCUGUUACACCAGUAUUGGCGCCGAUAUCCAAACAGAUAGGUACUAAUAAUAUUGUUCAACAAAAUAAAUCCAUUGGUCUAAACAGUUCUGUCCAUCAACCAAAAAUUAUAACAACCGAUUGUAGAAAAAACGACCAAACAGAAAGUUCUAAAAUAAUACUAUCUCCUACAAGCUUACAAAGCACUAAUCCUACUGUAAUGGCACAAAAUCGUUUGAUAUCAAUGCAAAAUGCUAUACAGGGCAGCAAUAUGAAUUCAACUUUACAUUUGCCAAACAAGGUCUUAAUAAACAAUAUAAACCAGUUAAGUGACAAAAGAGAUAGUCAAGUUCAGAAAUCAGAACAACAGAAUCAUGUACCAUUUAGUACCACACCAAUUAUACAUGUUACAGGAAUAAACCAUUCUACUCCAUCGAUUAUUCAAACGGUUGCUAAACCUGUUGUAUGUACACUUCAAGAAUCAAAUAAUGUUAACAGGGGACAGGCUUCAAAUGUGAUACAUACUUUAAAUUCUCAAAGAUUAUUAACGACGGCGCCUAUAAGUAACGUUAUUCAAAUAGAUACUAGUAAAGGCCCACCUUCUGUAUUGUCUAUGGCAACAAUUAGAUCUCCAACUGUUUUAACCAAAUUAGAAUCUUCUACCUCUGUAGCGGCUACAACUACUAGUCAUACAAAUGUUGUAAUGACUCCGUUGUUAUUAAAAACAAACACUAUUCCUGGGACAGUCAGAGUUAAAACAAAACAUGAAACUGAACAAACUGAAACUAAUAAUUUACCUGAAUUGCUGCAAAAUCCCAUGGCUCGAGAGAAUGAACUAAAAAUAGAUGACCAAUCAAAAAAUUGUAAAAUGCCCGUAUUUGACACCAUAGACAGACAAAAAGAGCAACACAUAUCUCAUAUUAAAUCUGUGUCAUCAAUAGAAGAUAUUGCUAAGUGUGAAACUGAUUUUGAAGAAUUACUAAAAGAUAACACAAAUGAAAUAAAAAUAACUAAUGAUCCUGAAAAAAAACUCGAAGUAAAUGUAGGUAAAACCGUAACAUUGUUUUCUGCUGUUAAUCCAAUUCGAGAGAGAAAACAAAGUACAGAGUGUCCCCAGAGUGAGUGUGUAGAAACAAAAUCGACGUCUGAAGAAACUCAAAGGAAGUUGGUGUUAGAAAACGAUAUAGAAUGCCAUAAAAGUGUAUCUCAUAUAAGAGAUUCUCCUAUUUUAGAGAAAGAAAAUGAUAAUUCUCAUAUAUUCGAGUCUAGUCUUGAAGUUUCGAGUAACAGUAAUCCAAUAGAUACUAUAUCAAAUAACAAUAUUUCAACUGAAGACAAUAUUUCAUUAGAUGUUACUAGUAGAUUGAAACCAGAAGAAAAUAUUUUUUUAAGUCUUGUCUCAAAACAACCCGAAAUUAUAGAUAUAAAAACUUUAGAUGAAAAUGAUUCUUGGAGUGCUAAGGAUGUUAAUAUAGAUUCGGUAAUUAAAAAAGUUGAUUCAUUGUGUAAUGAAACUAUAGAUAUAAAUAAUGAAAAAGAAGUAGAUUUGGAAGCAAAGGAGCCAAUAAAAGAUGUUCAAUCGGAUUCUAAUAUUUCUGAAAAGUUGUCUACAGAAGCUGAGAACAAGGUGGAUACACAUACUGAAACAAGGAAUUAUAAUAUUACUGAUGAACUAAAUUUGGAUAAGACAGCCACUCCUAGUAAACGUGGGGGUCGGAGUACAAGAGGAAAGAGAUCGGAUAAGAGUCAAGAUAGAGUACAGACCCGACAAAUAUCUAAACCCACCAGAGGUACAUCAGCCAAAAGAGGCAGAGGAAGAGCCAAAACUGAUAAAAAAAUAAAGAGCUUUGUUAAUAAUAAUUCUAGUAAUAUGCCCGGAGACGUUUAUGAUUUCCAUGAAGAUUCUGGUGACGAAACUGCUGCGUCUCCAAGUAAAUCUGAAACGCGGCCAAGAUUAAUUUUAACUAUAAAAAGCCCUCAGUCAGGACAAUCGAAUGCUAUAGCUACAUCUUCACUAAGUAUACAAAAAGAUCAAAGUAAAAUUAACGAAAAAACAACUAAAGAAGAAAAGAUGGAAGAUUUUAUCUCACCAUCACCAAACACUCGGAAAUCAAGACGACUUCAAGAAAAAGAUGUACAACGGAAUACUGUUGAUGAAAUCAUAGACGACGUUAUUAAAGGAUCUAGUGGAACUACAAAAACAGCUAAAAAGAGAGUUGUUAAGCAGACUGCUCUGAAAGUGAAUCAAGAUAAGAACAGCUCAGAUACCCGAAAAUCUCCACGAGGUGUUAAGAGAACCCGAGAUAGAAGUCUUUCGGAUGCUUCUAUUGACAGCGGGGAUGAGAAAAUAGUUAAAAAAGAAGAACUUGUAAAGGAAGCGAAGAUACCCAAAUUGCCAGACCUGAUAGUUGCAGCUAAAACUGAGUCUGAUACCCCAGUGGUUAGUAAAGCGUCAGCAGUACAAGCUAUCGUUCAACCGGCAGUUACAUCAACUCCUAUUAUGAAACCUCCCAAAAAAAUGAUAUCGGAGAUCAGCGCCAAAUUGGCUAGCGCAUUCGAGGCCGCUGCAGCUGCUGGCCCCCCGCGAGCCACUACUACGAUGCAAAAUUUGAUAGAACGCGUUCCUCAAGAGGCUGAUAAACAAGCUCCAGUACUACGUGAUCCUAGGAUAUUGGAACCGGCCGCGGCAACACCUGCAACUUCUGACAUAGUGGCAACGGCUACCAGUAUCGGUAUUAGUGCAGUGCGGGCUGAACAGCAAGGAACCGAUGCCAGAUUCGCCCGUCGCCUUGUUGAUAGCGUCCCGGGUCCAAUGAUGCCGGUAGGCACUGAAGCGACAGACGCGCGAGUACAAUCGCCGGCACUUCCACAUCGGCCACCUUCGAGUCAUCGACCUGCGGACCGAGCUACACCUGUUCUUAUAAGGGGAGGAGAGAGCGAGGGCGGCAUGGCAGGCGUGGUGGGUCAGGGCAGCGCGGGGGGCGCGAGCGCGGCGGGCGGCGAGCCGGGCCUGGGCCCGGGCGCGGCGGGCGCGGCCUCCUCGCGCUCCUACCGCGCCGCGUACGCGGACGCCGCCAGCUUGCCGCGCGGCGCACACCACCCGCCCACGCACCCGCCGCACGUCGCGCACCCCGCGCACCCCGCGCACCCCGCGCACCCCGCGCACCCCGCGCACCCCGCACACCCUGCGCACCCCGCGCACCCCGCGCACCACCAUAUCAAGCAAGUCGCCGUCGUUGGGCCCCACCACCAACAUUCCGGGUCCACUUCCCGUGUUACUCUUACGAGUGUUCCGAACGUCAGCCCACAAGGUCAAAUGGCAUUGGGCGAAGGAAUGUAUCCACAUUUUUCACAUCAACAUUAUCAGAUGUACCAACAACAUUUCCGUGCUACACAACAUGAGAAUCGUGCCACUCCUUCACCUUAUACCAGGAGCCUGGAGGCGGAGGGCUCGGAGGCGCCGACGCCGCCGCUGGAGCUGCGCCGGCCGCCGUCGGCGCGCGUGCCGCGCCCCGCGCACUCGCCCUCGCCCGCAGACCGCCUCAUCAUGUACGCGGUGGGGUGCGGCCGGUCGCCGCGGUCGCCGCCGCCGGCGCACGGCACGUCUCGGCUGGCGGCCGCGCUGCCGCCGCCCGCCGCGCCCGGCCCGCCGCAUGCUUCGCAGGUGCCGCGCGAAGCCGACAGCCUGCAGAUGCUGCUACGGCGGUACCCGGUGAUGUGGCAAGGACUGCUGGCUCUGAAGAACGACUCGGCCGCCGUGCAGAUGCAUUUCGUAGGCGGUAAUCCGGGCGUGGCGGCCGACACGCUGCCGCGCCACGCCGACAGCUCCACGCCGCUGCUGCGCAUCGCACAGCGCAUGCGACUCGAGCCCGCGCAGCUCGACCAGGUGCAUCGCAAGAUGCAGAUGGAAAGUGAACACUGUAUGCUACUAGCGCUACCAUGUGGCCGUGAUCACAUGGACGUAUUACAGCAGUCGACCAAUCUGACUGCCGGCUUUAUCACAUAUUUGCAGCGGAAACAAGCCGCUGGCAUAGUCAACGUAGCGCCACCCGGACAUCAACAGGCCAUGUUCACUGUGCACAUAUUCCCGUCGUGCGACUUUGCAAACGAGAACCUUAACCGCAUCGCGCCAGACCUGAUGCACCGUGUGGCCGAUAUCGCGCACCUGCUCAUCGUUAUCGCCACCGUGUGAGCCUUACAUGUUGCGCCCUACCACCACCACAUAAUGUGACACGUGAGCGAAGCCUAUUCUUUUGCGAUACUGUAGUACAUUUUUUAUAUUCUAUAAUACGCUCACCAAACCCAGUGUCUUCGUUUGUAAACGAACGCUACUGUGAGAUUUCUGGAUUAGAAAAAUGACACCAAAUUUACUGAAAAGGACGCUUAGACGAUUAAUAAUAAUAAUUAAUUCUAAGUAUGGCCAGGUUGUGAAUCUUUUUAAUUUUUUAUCUUAUCUAUCAAUCGACCUGGUAGAGUCGUGAAAAUAUCGCUGCGUAAACAAAUCGAUUUUCGUGUAUGACAAUGUUCGUAGGAAUUGAGAUGGAUUACCUCUGUGAAACUGAACUCUCGUCGUAGUGAUGUAAUGUUAGUUUUAUUUAUUGUUAUCGCGUGAUACGUCGCACCUGCGACGGUGACGUGUCUCGCAUUUGUAUAAAGUCUCAUGUAACUAGGUAAGCCGUCACUUAUUUAAGUAUUAGAUGUAAGUAAUAGCUUAUUUGUAAAAAAAACUUUUGUUAUAGUCGACAGGGUUCGACGUUAUUUGGAGUUUAAAUUUAUAAAAGUAUGAAUAAUAAAUGGCAAAGUCAGUUGAUAAAAAUAUCUUUAAUUUUUGGGGUCCGAUUAGAUGUGUGGCAAUCUAUCGAGCAUUUUUAUUGUUAGUGUAAAUUGUUAUUUUGUUUUAAGCAACUAGGUCUAAAGUAAUUUAAAUUCUGUAAAUAUUGAAUCUAUUCAUACUAAAUACGACUUAUUUCGCUUGGAAAACUCAUAAAUACUGGGUCGAAUGAUUACUAUCUGUAACGAAUAUGAUAGUUGAAUAAAACUUGUAAUUACAGUAAGAAUAACAUGGAAAAUAAACUGUGAUUCUGACUUUUAAUAUAAUAGACUGUAGUUAGUCUUACGAAGCAUUAAGAGUAGAUGUCGCAGUGCGAUUUACCCACUGUGAAUAAUUACCGAUAUAUUGGGUUUUAUGUUCCAUUAUCUAUGUUUUAAUUUAUAAAUCAACAGGGGUAGAAUGUAACAGUGUUUUGCGAAUAGGAUGAGCUGCACUGUUUUCUUAGCAAAUAAUGAUCAACGAUUUCAUUUGAAACUCUUAAUAAUGCAUAACCGUGUGUAAGAAUAUGUGAAGAUGACACUUUACUAAAAGUAAACGAUGUGACGACUUUCUCACGCUGACUAAUAUAACCAUAAAUAUAUGUUUGUUUUAUAUAUAUAUAGUACCGAUAACUUGUGUAAAUUUAUAACACUAACUUAUUGUAACACUGCUAGUUUAUUUUUAUAACUGUCUCCAUCUUUCAUAAUGUGAGUUCAGCAAUUAUUUUGUUCUAAUACUUAGAUCACUUUGUACCUUGUGAGGAUAUAACCAUAGUAGUAUGCUCUAGUACAACAGUUAGUCGUGUGUUUUCUCUUGUAUGGUUUAUGUGCUAUUCAUCAUACGAUGGAAAACGGUAGUCUAAACAGAGUGAGAUUAUCGUUAUAAACCAUGGGGAACGUAGGUAUUGUGUAUUAUGUCGUAAUUAAUUGAAUGAAUAACAUUGACUUAAUUUAAUUUCUUUGCCUAUAAUUGUAAUCUGAUGAGACUGUUGUCUUUUCUCGCUCUCUACGUCGGGUAAAGAUGCCCAUCUUCUCUUGCUUACAGUCUUUUUUCUUCACAAACAGUACGUAAUUCACUAGCAAAGUGACAUCAAUAUAUUCUUAUUCGCCAUUCUCAUUUGAAAACGUUGCUUACAGUAUAUGAUCAAACUUAAAAAAAAAUUGUAAUCGUUUUUGGAAUAAUUUUGAUGGGUUUUUUUUCUACUACAUCUCUGGAAAGCAAUAAUGCGACACUUUAAUAACUAACGAUAUUGUACUUCUCAUAAGUUUCUCAAUCGUCUGCAUGUUGACAGCAUGUUAUGAUAACUGAUGUGCGACGCGACCUAUUUCUGCGCUUUUUGGACUGCUGAUGAUUUGGAUUCGUCGGCAUCUCGCAUAACAUUGUGUAGUUAGAUAAUGGUGCGACUCUUCUGUCGUACGUAAAAACAAAGUACAAAAUAUUUUAUGUAUUGUAAUUUUUAUAUGUACGAUAUAGGGAAUAAAUAGUGCAGGUAAUAAUUAUUAUAAAAAUUCUUUUUAAGGAUAAAACUGUAGACUGUAUAAAUAUUAUAAAGAUUGUUUGUCAUGUUUCCGUCGCAAACAGUUCUUAACUUGGCUAGGAGGAACACUAACGAACUCAUCACUUCGUCCAUUAAUUUUAAUAUAUAAUUUUAUUAGCGAACAGAUGCCCAAUAA